AUGUUCAAGAUAGAUCCAUUUGCUGUCAAGAUAGGUUGCACAACUUCAUUCAUCCAAGCUGGCCAGGUAGUGUCUGCUACUUUGUUGGCGAAGAGAGCCCCCCAAAGAACAGCUUCAGAAAAUGCUCCGUUGAUUCUAUAUGGAUCCGACUCGAGCCCAACGGUUACCAAUCCAGCUUCGACUCGAGUUUCUAGCCAUAGCGUGUUGUUCGUGGUGCUCAGUGGUGCCAGCGCCUUCUCAAUCAUCACACUGGCCUUUGUGAUGAUCUAUUGCAGAUACAAGGCCCACAACAAGUUUGGGAUUUCUCGGCUGUCGUCGCCAACUGGGGAGCCCGGCAGAGUGAAUGCAGGAUCAGGAUACAACUCUUCAGUUGAAAAAUCUCAAAUCAGACACAUCACCCAUGAUGAGCAAAAGGAACGCUACCGAUCCCUGUUUGGAGUUCCGGCCGGAUACCUGAGACCGAAAUCCCGGAUCUCAUUGGCACCUCCACCUGCAAUCCACUCUCUGCAAGUCACCCGAUAUUCUGAUUCAGUUGUGGGGCUCCAAAAUCAUCUCGGGAACCACUCGAGGUCUUCUUCAAGUCUUGAAAUCCAAGAUGGUGACAGUGAAACGUCCCUGUGCCAAAUCGCUCUGACGGGAAAUGGGGUCUGUCUGGAUGUAAAGGAUAGGAACACACGCCUGAUCAGCUUUGAGGAGGAAAGCGCCCGACAGAUACGCGAGUAUAGGUCAGCUGACCAGGAGAUACGCAUCUCACGUUUCUCUCACCGAUUUCCAAACCUCGUGGCCCGCUUGAAGACAAUCAAACAAAAAACAAGCCGGCAAGCCAAGCCAACCUACCGACCCACUCCACCAUACUCACUCAACCCCCAAACCCCCGACAACUUCCAUUCCAUCCUGACCAGUGUUUCAGAAGUCAGCUCAGAGGGAAUAACAGAAGAGGAGUUACACCGAUUCAGGUCUUCUUCCAUCGCCCCAACACCACCUAGUUACAUCAAAAGUCCCACCGAAGAGCACUCAGUAGCCCAAAGACCAGUCGACCUAGCCAUAGUGACUGAUCGUUUGGAACACCACGUGUCAGUCCAACGAGCUACUAUGGUUGGCCGUGGGGACUCAUACUACUGGAAAUCACCUCCCAGGUCAGAAUGAAGCUAGAAAUGUGAACACUUUGCUCUGGCGCUUGAGCAACACCCAGCUAUAUAAAAUAUGUACAUCCGACACAAAAGUCAAAAUAAACAAGCUUGUUGUGGCUCAGCUUUUUCUCUUUCUCCGGUUCUUGACUCACACUGCUGCUGUACUUCUUUGGGAUCCCACUCUUCGACAUACUUCUUUUUUUCCAAACAUUGCAACCCAUUUCCACUGGGCCAAGGAUCACAAUCCUGCAUGUGCCUCCCUGCGAUCACAAUCCUUGAGUUCCCCCCCCCCCCCCUCUUUUCUUCUUCUCUC